CAUCGAGCCAUAAAAUAAAAUGAACACGUCCCAAACUCUUUACCUGAAUUAUAACGUUACUGGAAAUCCACACUUUGAGAAACGCGGUGCUUUUGUUUGUGAACUCCAGUUAUCGCACUUUAGCAUGGAAAUAAAUCCUCGAUGGAUUUCUCCGGGUGAUGUCUUCAUUUUUUAUUGUGUAUUGGAAUUGCUUCAGACGAUCACUCGAAUCACGCAUUGCAACGGCUCCAGAAACCCAGGGCGAAAAGCCAGACUUUCAAGCAGGAUGUCUAAUUCUGGGACAAACCGACGAUUAACGGCCGCCCUACUGGCAGAACUAUUGACUGAAAAGUAG